GUCCCACAGAGCUCCAGGUACGGAUUAGGCUCUCGCCAUGGACGCGCCUGGCGCGACAGAGGCAACUGAGAGUGUCCGCCAGGACAGUCACGCCCCCGAUUCCCACGUUAGCCGAAGUACAUCCGAGGACAGGAAUCACCGCUCCCAGCCCGAUGAGCUCGAGGAGACAGACCAUAGUCGCAAUGGCGAACAGACGGAAAGCGAAACGGAAGCUGGGGAUGAUGACGAUGAGUCAGAAGAGGAUGACGAAGACGAGGAGGAGGACGAGGAACCGCGUCUCAAGUAUGCUUAUCUGACCAAGCACUUUGGGGCGGUGUACCGCAAUGGAGAUGCAACAAGCUCCUUUCUGGCUGCUGGGGACAAAAUGGUCAUUGGCACGCAUAACGGAAACAUCCAUGUGCUGUCGGUACCCCAAUUACGUUCUCUUCGUGUUUAUCACGCACAUUCGGCGAGCAUUACCUCGGUCUCUAUUUCACCUUAUCCUUCUCCUUUACCGAACGUGAAACCAGAGUAUUUCGGCCGAUUCGCAGACGACCCAGAACACGCCUCCAGGUUAUCUUCGGGCACCGCAAGCCUCCGUGGCAGACAGAGACAGAACCAGCCAGCCAUUCCUUCGACGCCCUCCAACUCAAUAUAUAUUGCUACGUCUUCGAUUGAUGGGAACGUUUGCGUCGCAUCCCUACUCGAUUCGAAAGAUGUCCUGUUGCGAAACUUUGGCCGGCCGGUUCAAGCCGUCGCACUGUCGCCGGAGUACAAGAGUGAUAGAGCAUAUCUGUCGGGUGGACGUGCGGGUGACCUCAUCCUCACUGUUGGAGGCCGAGUAGGUGUUAGCACGAACUCAACGACCAUGGGCGGUGCUGCUGCUGCUGCCUCCAGCUGGCUUGGGUCGAUAGGCCUUGGGGCCAAUACUGGAAAGGAUACUGUUUUGCAUAGUGGUGAAGGUGCAAUCAGCACGAUCAAGUGGUCUUUGUCGGGUAAAUAUGUUGUUUGGGUGAACGAGGAAGGUAUCAAGAUCAUGCGGUCGAAUCUGCACCUCGAUUCGGCUGACUCGGAGUUUGCUUGGAAACGCGUCAGCCACAUCGAUCGUCCUAAUCGUCCCGGAUGGGAGGAGAUGGCUAGCGUGUGGAAAGCACAUGCUGAAUGGGUAGAUGAGAACGCACUCGAUAUUGAUGACAGUCUGCAAACGAGAGGCACGACCCAAACAGAAAGCUCUGCAUCAGUGCAUUCAACAAUUGUCAGAGAGAAAGUGGAGAAACUUGUUGUGGGUUGGGGUGGAACUGUCUGGGUAAUUGACGUCUACCCUGAUAGACCAAGCAAGAAUAACAGGGAUCAUAAGAUUGGGUCUGUUGAGGUAACCACAAUCCUACGAACCGACUGUGUUAUCUCCGGUAUCUCCUUGUAUACACCCAAACUUCUGGUUGUUCUUGCGUACAUGGAGGCAGAACAGGAUAUUCCCGAAGAAGACCGCAGCAAACAUGGAGGUCGUCAGACUGCGACGCGUCGUCGCCCUAGAGGUCUUGAGCCAGAACUCCGAAUUAUCGACCUUGAAACGGAAACAGAAAUUAGUGCCGACAGCCUCUCAACCAGCCGCUUUGAGACGCUCACCUCUUCGGACUACCAUAUGUGCAUCCUGCCUCCAUGGAAAACGAGCGUGCCCGCUUCGCAAAGGGGAGCUUUGGAGACCAUCGGAAACGGUCUCUGGGAUGCCACAUUCUAUCCUGUGCGACUUUUCAACUCCGGUGCUAGCAUCCGCAGCACUACCAGCAGCGGUGACAAGGGCUCUAGUAGGGCACCAAGUAUCUUUGCCUCACGGCGAGUACCCGCCGAGGAGCCUCUUUCUAAAGAGAUUCAGGACAUGGCAGGGAGCAUUGGACCUAAGAUCCUUGUCCACAGCCCGUAUGAUUGCGUAGUAGCGCUAAAGAGAGAUCUCUCGGACAGGCUGGCGUGGCUGGAUGCACAUGAGAAAUACGAGGAAGCAUGGACAUUGCUCAGGGAACAUCCUGAAGCAGCGGGAUCUGGAAGCGAGUUCAACGACACCAUACCCGGAACGCCUUCUAUAUCUCAAGGAAGCUUCGGGGAAUCAUUCAUCGACGAUGCAGCUUCUGUCAUUACCACUACUGCUCGGACCACCGCAUCCGCCGCGCAGCAAGAAAAGCGUCGCAUUGGUGAACUAUGGAUAGAGCAAUUGGUGGAGCAAGACCGGUGGCGUGAAGCCGCUGAGGUCUGCACCAAAGCGAUCGACACCACACACAGAUGGGAGCAUUGGGCCUGGAAGUUCAUUGAAAAGGACAAGCUAGACGAGAUAUCGUCUGUGGUUCCCUUGAAUAUGCGCCCACCGCUGUCUGCGAACCUCUACGAGACUAUACUUGGCCAUUACGUGGCGCACAACCGGCCAAAGUUCAGCGAACUGGUCGAGCGGUGGCCAUUCGACCUUUUCGAUGCGAACAACGUCGCGACAGCAGUGGAGGAGCAGCUCAGCGAAUUGACCACUGAAACGGAAGAGUGGCGUAUUCUGUCAAAGUGUCUUGCCAAGUUGUACCUGGCGGGAGGCCACUAUGGCGAAGCGUUACAUUGCUACAUCCGUCUCCAGGACGCAGACACGGCAAUGGCGUUGAUUAAGGACCACCGCCUACUUGACACCUUGACAGACGACAUUCCCGCCUUUAUCCUCAUCAGGGUAUCCAAGGAACAGCUGAAGACGGCACCCACGUCCGAGCUCGAGGAGCUUACUGCCGAGCCGAUCAAGCUUCUCGUAAGCGAGGCGUACACCGGUAUCGUGCGACCGGAACUCGUCGUCGAGCAACUGCAGGCGGCCAACCGACUCCUCUACCUCUACUUCUACCUUCGGGCUCUUUGGCGCGGUGAAUCCCUGCCUCACGGCGUCGCGAAACCCCGACGGGGCCACUUUGCCCACAUCCGCGAUGCGGCCAGCAAGCUCGCAGCAGACGAAGGCAAAGCACUUGUAGACAACUUCGCCGACACGGCCAUCGAGCUUUUCGCCGAUUACGACCGACCCUUGCUCAUGGAAUUCCUCCAGACUAGCACCUCCUACGCCUUCGACCUGGCGCUCAACAUCUGCGAGACGCGCCACUUCACGCCCGAGCUCAUCUAUCUCCUCUCGAAGACGGGCCAGACGAAACGCGCGCUGAACCUCAUCCUUUCGGAUCUGAAGGACGUCUCGCAAGCCAUCCAAUUCGCCAAGGCGCAGAACGAGCCCGACCUCUGGGAAGACCUUCUCGACUACUCGAUGGACAAACCGCGCUUUAUCCACGGCCUCCUGGUCGAGGCUGGCACCUCCAUCGACCCCAUCAAGCUCGUCCGCCGGAUCCCCAGCGGCCUCGAGAUCGAGGGGCUCCGCGACGGGCUCACCCGCAUGAUCCGCGAACACGACCUCCAAGCUAGCAUCAGCCAGGGCGCGGCCAAAGUCCUCCAAAGCGGAGUCGCCGUCGGCAUGGACACCCUCCGCCGCGGCCAACGCCGUGGAAUCAAAUUCAACAUCAUCCAGGAGGAUCACCAUCACCCCCACGACAAACGUCCCCUCACCGCCGGAACGACAGACGCAGCAGCAGCCACCGCAACAAGCGACGCAGUCACCGAGAAGACGACAAUCACAACCGCAGCAACGCAGCCGUCGUCUUCUUCUGCCGCCGCCCCAGCAGGCCGCUGUGCAGGGUGUAGUCGGCCUUUCCGCGCCAACGAAAAGGAAAUCCUGGUGGGGUUCGCCUGCGGGCACGUAUUCCACCUCUCACAUAUCCACGCGUCAGCGGAAUCAACAAACACAAGCAGUCCGACGACCACGCCAUACAGCCGCUCGGCGGUGCAGACGCCGCGACCGUUUUCGCCGUCCCGCACGAUCACGCUCGAGGACAUCUCAACGUCGACGUCGCGAACGGUCGGCCCCAAGGUGACGACGGCGCGGUUGCUUCGGGACCGGAUCGGUGAGGGAUGUCGUAUAUGUACAUUGGCCAAGGAAUUGAAUGCCCUCGGGGACUCGGAUGCGUAGUGGUCGAAGGCGGGACAGACAGACCGACAGAUAGGCAUGUCUCAAUUUCUUUUUGUUACGAGUGGGUUCUUGUGGUGGGUGGUGGUUCAUGGGGAUGAGGGUCGGUGUGAGGCUCUUCGACUCGCUCUCGGGCUUUGCCUCUGCUUAACUUCGUGCUGGGUGACUGCGGAGACAACGUCCCUCACGUCAAGUAACGCUCUGCAGCAUUGGAGCUGCACUCCCCUUGGCGCCCUGCAUGUCUUUGGAUAGAGGGGCCGCCAUGGUCAGAAUGGAGCUGGUCGAGUAUGGCAGUGUUCGGUAUGGGUAUGGGUUGGAGGAGGAUGGGGACGAACAGGUUCUACUAUCGCUCACGGAGCAACUGGGCCAUGUAUGUUUUAUAUUUAGG